ACGACGAUGUUCUCGAAGGAAGCAAGACAGCUUCUCUUGAUCUGCAUUUUCUCGUUAUGUUUCACGCCGUUCCUUGCUCAUGGGAGGGUCAAUCCCAAGUUCAAACUGCGAGCAGUCAACCUCGGAGGUUGGUUGGUCACGGAAGGAUGGAUCAAGCCUUCUCUGUUCGACGGAAUCCCCAACAAGGACUUCUUGGAUGGAACUGGGCUUCAGUUCAAAUCGGUGACGGUAGGGAAGUAUCUGUGCGCGGAGAGCGGCGGGGGGACCAUCAUCGUCGCCAACCGAACCGCUGCCUCCGGUUGGGAAACCUUCAAGUUAUGGAGGAUCAACGCAACGCUGAUUUUCAACUUCAGGGUCUUCAACAAGCAGUUUGUCGGGCUGGACGCGAACGGGGUCGACGUGGUGGCCGUUUCCGAGUCCCCCGUCUCGACAUUCGAGAUAGUAAGGAAUUCGGAGGAUCCGAGCAGAGUCAAAAUCAGAGCUUCCAAUGGCCUCUUCUUGCAAGUGAAGACAGAGGUACUGGUGACGGCCGAUUACAAGGGGGAGGGUGGAUGGGGCGAUGACGACCCUUCCGUUUUCGUGAUGGGCUUCGCCGAUAGAUUGCAAGGCGAGUUUCAGGUCACUAAUGGCUACGGACCACAAAAAGCCCCACAAGUCAUGAGGGAGCAUUGGAGCACAUUCAUAGUGGAAGACGACUUCCAGUUCAUAGCAAGAAAUGGGUUGAAUGCAGUGAGGAUUCCGGUGGGCUGGUGGAUAGCAAGCGACCCAACUCCUCCGCCGCCUUACGUGGGAGGAUCCUUGGCCGCACUUGAUAAUGCCUUUUCUUGGGCUCAGAAAUAUGGUGUGAAGAUCGUAAUCGAUCUGCACGCAGCACCAGGUUCACAAAAUGGGUGGGAACACAGCUCAUCAAGGGACGGAUCCCAGGAAUGGGGAGCCACUGAUGCUAACAUCCAGCAAACAGUUGCUGUUAUUGAAUUCCUCACUGCUCGGUAUGCAGAGAGCCCGAGUCUCUACGCCGUCGAGCUCAUCAACGAGCCUCUCUCUCCGGGAGUUGCCCUCGACACCUUGACCAAGUACUACAAGGCAGGAUACGAUGCGGUGCGCAGGCACUCCCCGACGGCCUAUGUAGUGAUGUCGAACCGCCUCGGGCCCUCUGAUCCCAAAGAACUCUUCCCUCUGGCCAGCGGCUUGGCCAGGACCGUGGUCGACGUGCACUACUACAAUCUGUUCUCGGAUAUCUUCGACAACAUGACAGUCCAACAGAACAUCGAUUUCAUCAACACUAACAGGACGGCACAGUUGAGCAAUAUUACCACGGCGAACGGUCCUCUCACCUUUGUGGGUGAAUGGGUGGCUGAGUGGCAAGUGAGUGGAGCUACGAAAGAAGACUACCAGAGAUUCGCAAAGGCCCAGCUUGAGGUGUACGGAAGAGCGACGUUCGGGUGGGCAUACUGGACCCUCAAGAAUGUCAACACCAAGUGGAGUCUGCAGUGGAUGAUCAACAAUGGCUACAUAAAGCUUUAAUCAGUUUACCUAUUCGAAUCAUUUCGGUAUUUUCCGAUACAUAUGCACACUCGUACAGUCGAUUUUCGUGAUGAUCAAUGGUUGAACUCGGUGAGAGCGCAUUGAAGUGGAAUAAAUAGAUUUUACUAUUUCUGAA